CGGCAGGGCCGAGGCGGUAGCCGGCGGCGGCCACAUGAGCCCGGCGGGGCGGCGCCCCCGGGCCCGGCCGGGGCUGCUCGGGCAGCUCCUGCCUCUCUUCCUGGCGCUGCCCGGGGGCACCGGGGAGGCGCCGGCAGCAGGUAGAAACUGUAGUUUCUUGCAGGAAAUGGACGUCAUCCAGAAACGGGAUGAAAGCUGCUACUGCUAUGUGCAGAACAGAACCAUGCACUUACAGUAUGUUUGGUCAACUCUUCAGGUAAAAAUUAACAGCAGAGAACUGUUCAGGUUUGAGCCCAUUUCACAGAACAGCAACUGUCGUAAUUCAGAAACUGUUUUUGAGUUUGCUGCAUGUGCUGUUCAAGUCUUCUGGAAACCAGAGACAGCUACAGAAACCAGAGUAAGCGUAAAACAAUAUGGAGAGGAUAUUUGCUUCAAAAUACAGCCCCUGAAAACCGAACCGUACAUUGUCAGUGUGAAACGAGAAAUGCUAGAUGGAAAGCUCUUGUUUUUGUUUAUUGCUGGAAUUUUUCUGUUCCAUUUUGCAACCAGCCUGAGCCGGAGUACCAAGUUCUUUUACCUCUGUGGAAUAAUACUGGGUGUUCUUGCUCUGCUAGUCUUUGUCCUGUUGAUACUUAAAAGGUUUAUUCCAAGGCACAGCACCUUCUGGAUCUUAAUGAGUGGCUGCUGGAUGUCCUCUCUGUAUUUCAUUUACUGCUUCAAAGAGAAUAUGCAGUGGUUGUGGUCUGAACACAGAAACUACUUGUUGGGGUAUUUUCUGGCUGUUGGAAUGACCAGCUUUGCUGCUUGCUAUCAGCAUGGACCUCCUACCACUGAUCUGAGCAUAUCCUUGUUUGCAUGGACGCUGCAGUUAACAGCCUUUGUCUUGAUUUAUUGUGGAGUCACCAUACCUCAAGUUGCAUAUGCAGUAAUAGCAGUCAGCCUCUGUUCAAAGGGCCUGUGUUACCCCCUGGGUGCUGCGUGUCACAUAGGCAGAAAAAUGAAGAACCACUUUAUAUCAAAAAAGUUAGUGUUUAAACACCUUACUGAAGAGGAGUACCGAGAACAAGGUGAAACAGAAACUGUCAGAGCUCUGGAGGAGCUACGCUUAUUCUGCAGAAACCCUGAUUUCCCAUCAUGGUUAGCUGUAUCCAAACUCCAGUCCCCACACAGGUUUGCAGACUUUGUUCUGGGAUCUCCCCACAUCUCACCUGCAGAAACAAGGGCACAUGAGGAGGAAUAUGGCAUUGGGAGCUUCUUCCUGGAAGAGCAGCUCUUUGAAACAGGGACAGAAUCUGAGCAAGAUAAUCCAACCAAUUCUGUCCACGAAGGAGAUGAGGCGGAUGAAGAUGAAAUGCAUAAACAGAUUUCAUUUCCAUAUGCUACCGAGUUGCUCUGAGCUUUAGGAAAUAUCAGGAUGGAAAAUGUAUUCACCCUAGAGAGGAAGGAUACACAGUGAGAACUCACGGUUGGUGAUUUCUUGUGGUUGCUGGUGGACACAGGGAUUUUCUGAAAACACUGUUUCCUGUAUGAUCAGAGCAACAGAAGGAAAUCAUAGGGGCUGUUCAAGUGAAGAGGAUUCUCAUGCUACUGGUACUUUAACUGGGGAAGUAAACAUUGCUUAUUUCCAGAGUGAGUACUGGCAGCAGCCUGUCCCAGCAGGAUGCCUUGUUGUGCCAAGGCUACUACCUCUAGAAAAUGGUACCUGUUUUGGUCCUUUUCAUUGUCAAGUCCUCUGUGCUGAGCACUACAGGGAGAAGCCAUUAUUAAUACUCUACGAAGUACCCUAUGUGUCAACAAUUUUCAUAAUGUGCUGAUAAACUGUGUUUAUUGCUUGUGAGGCUUUUCAGUGCUAAAGAAGAAGUUAACACAGCUGAACAAGGUUUGUUUGCUCUUCUGGCUAGGCUUACUGCACAUUAGCUUCAUUUUGCCUCUUCACAUUUGUUUUAAACUCCCCUAACUCUUCAGAACCCUGCCUGACUUUUCACCUUCCACUUGUGUUGUUCUGUUCAUGGUCUCUGCUCUACUUACAUUGUACUUUCCAUGUCUUUGCUUCUUCACAUAACACUCCUCCAUCUUCAGCAGGUCCCUCUGCAGAACCUUUCUUCACUCCACUGUCUCUCCAUCUGACAACUGCAGGUGACUUAGGAGAGGGUUUCCAUCCCCAGAUGUAUUUUUACUGUUGUCUUACCUUGGAUGGGUGCUGACGUCCAUUCCAGACCCCUCAGGGGCACAGAAAAAGCAAAGACUGAGGCUGUUUUCAGCUGCUCGAAGGAACUGCUGUCAGCACAGCUGGAGUGAUGUUGUAACCAUGUAACUAGGAAUACAGAUAACCCACACAGAGCUCCACUGUCCUUGGAAUAUGCAGCUAUUUACUCAUUCAGUAAAAAGCAGAAAGUAAUUCCUGGCAAAACAAGGAGGGAUGGAUAUGGGGCUUCUACCUCCCCUUCUUCAGCCUUCAGUCUGGUACUUAACACAGGAGGUGUGUGGGGAGAAGUAAAGAACAGGCAGAAAAAUUCAGACUGUCAAGUACCUUUCAACUUAUGUAUUACACAAUCCCAGGCCAGGGAGUAGGUCAUGUCCCCUCAGUUCACCCACCUGCAGAAGUCAUUUCCUUCUUUUGUUCUUUAAACUAUCUCUGUAUUCUGUCCUCACCUUACUGUUUUACUUUACUGUCUUCCAAACUGCAGAAAACAAAAGACCAUUGAUCUGUCACCAUCUGAUCUUCCAAACCCAAAAGGAGUUGCUAAGUGGUGGGAAAGGAGUCAGCUCUCCAGAAGAGCAUGUCCGACCAGGAUGUAUUUGCUUUAAAAGGGACCUCUUUUCUUUGUAACAUGCCUCAUGAUGCAGCAUGACUUCAGCGGUGCAUGCACAGCCAUGGUUUCUCAUUGUCUACUGCUGGGCAAGGGAGAAAAUCCGUUACCUCUAACAGUGCUGAGAGAUGCUGCUGUACCACAUUCCAGGAGCUUCUCCGUCUAAAACAGGAGAGAGAGUAGGUGCUUGGAAGCGUUUCACGUCUCUUCCUACUUUAUAAUGAUUCAAGUUCGCUUCAUUUUAAAAGGAAGAGACACUUAGCAGCCUUUUGUGCCAUAAAUUUAUAAAUACAUAUGUAGAAUUUAUAGCAUGUUUAGCAGAGAGAAGCCCUCUCUAGCGGGUGAUCCAAAAUACACUGUCAAGUCCACAACAUUCGAAACAGUCCUGAUGAGCAAGGCCACUAGCAGUAAGAUUCACUUCUGAGAACCAAAUUCACAGCUAAUACCAACACGCUCUGGAAGUGAGACUCUGUUUUGGGGGUUCUGUCACUAGCAGGAGGCUGGAACUGUUAGCUGUUGUGAAAAUGGAGGAAAGCCUCAUUAGCUUUGAUGGUUUGGGAGAGCAAUGGAAACUUCCCCCAAUGAUCUUUGUAGACUAAAGAUGUAUUUUACCUUUGCCUGUGUUGCCACCAUGAAGUACUUAAAAUUAUUACGGAUUAGUCAAAAAAGGCUACUGGAAGAGAUGCCUAGUGGGUUUUGCAUGUUGUAAAGUACACAGGUUUAUUUCAGUGUACUUUGUAGUGAGCUAAGAACUCCCAUCCAUUUGAUCUGAGGCCAGGGGGAAGAAUCAGAUUUGCCCUGGCUCAAACCCAGAGUUUUUCUGGAUUUCCACUUUACUGAGGUAACAAUGAUUAUCCCCCCAUAAGUACAUAACAUGUAUGUAUAUGCCCAGAUAAUACCUCAAGAUAGUAUUUUACCUAAGCAAUAUGUUAAACAUGAAAGCCCCCCAAAACAGGCAAUUACAUUUUUCACACACUGUUCCUUUCACUGAAUUAUUUAGGGCAAUACCAGCUACACCAACACAGUAAAAAAAACACUAACAAAAAACCCUCAAACCAACCAAGCAAACCCCAACCCAUGUUCUCUGUGGCUGUGAGGUCCAUCAUUGGCCAGGGAUGCGUAAAUACUAUUCAAAGCAGAGCAGGAAACAACCAAGUACAUCCAAGGUAGGUGCAGCAACGUGAGAAAGAUGAUGACUAGUUUAGUGGAUAGCCUGAUACUGAUGUUAACAAUGUUCCCAAGGCUGUUGCAACACUGGAAGCACUUCCUAAACAAAACCCAAAAAAACCAAGUGCUGUUACUUGAGCCCUUUGCCAACAGUGAGUUUCCUUGCGCAGUGCUCCUGUGAUACAUGGAGAUACUACAUAGGUUUACUGAAACACAACUGUUAAGUACUGUCCAGCAUUUAGCCACAAAAUCUGGGAACAGAAUCUCAAUGUUGAUCUAUUGCCUUAACUGUUAUAAAAGCCUUUCUUCUUUAAGAAAGGAUGAGUCACAUGUAUCUUCUGUUUCAUGAUGUUUUAAAAAAAAGUUAGAAUUUUGUAUUUAUUUGGUAUGCAUGGUACAGCCCACUUGAUAUCCUGUCUGUACUUUUCAAGGUUUUUUUAAAUUAAAGUAUUUGUCAACUUUA